AUGUCGAAUCCACCGGAUAGGCCCUGGACCGAGGAGGAGAAGUACUUUUUGUUGACCGAAAUCCUGAAGAAGGCCUCGGUGCACCAUAGUCACCUCGUUCGCCUGAUCAAUGAGUUCCGCCGCUCACUCAACUCGUGCAGAAUUGCUUACGAUGCCAUGCUGGCGCAAGCUCCAAGUCAACCCGCCAUGCCGUCCCCGUCGGUCCAGAUGCCGCGUCCAGAAGCGAGGGCAACAGCGCCGGUAGAUCCCAAUUUGCGCAAACGACCCUUGUAUCCAUCAGACAAACCGCGCGCCAUCCAACCAAGACCGCCGCCUAGUGUCGCCUCGUAUAGUAGUGAAAGCGGUGCGUCCACUCAGCUUUCUCCAGGUCUCGAGGCUGCCACUGGUGAACCGCCGCGCAAACGAGGUCGCCCUAGUAAAGCUGAGACUGAGCGACGGAAAGCCGCCGCCGAAGCUCGUGGCGAAACUUAUCCCCCGCCGCGCAGACUGGGCUCUAGAAUGAAGGCCUCCACGUCACCAACUAGUCCUCCAGGUCCUCCGAUCCCAGGUCCAGCUCCACCCCCGCAGCCCUAUGGUUAUCCCGGCAAUCCCCCAAUGCACGCUCCGAGCCCCAUUUCUGGCCCAAUCCCUUUUGACCCCGUGGGCCCUGCCCGUCAAUUGGGUCCAGCUCCAAGUUUCCAACCAGGAACUGAGGAACGCCGAGAUAGCGCAGCUCGUGGUAUAAGUCAUAACCCGCGAGAGUUGCCUCGGCCACAGGAAUUGGGCCUCCCGGUCCAUUCUCAUGCCUUGCAACUUGGCCCUCCCAACACGUUCCCUCGAACAACCAAUGAAUCAAUGGAAAGGACCGCGUUUGGGGCUAUUCCUCCUGACCGAUAUUCGCCCGAUAGUGGUCGUCGUGGUUCGGCCAACAGUCGAGGCGACCCUCCACCGCCGGGCCCUUAUCCGGAGCGACGAGCGAGUAUAACUCCAGGUGAAAAACCACGAUGA